AUGUAUGUGAGCAUCUGGUGCCAUAGCUUGAAUCUAAGCAGCCGCAGCCUGGCCAUUGUCCUGGUGGUCUGCGUAACGCUCGUCUACUUCUCGUACAGCUUCAAUGCCUGCCUCUUGGCUAGCAUCAGUCGUACCCUGCAGCAGAGCAACCUACGCAAUUUGCUGACGCUGCAGCAACGCAACGCAAGCAGCGAAGCAGAAGCCACCAGCAACUCCACCGCCAGUUCCAGCGCCAACUCCAACUCAAGCUCCAGCACGACGCCGAUCUUGAAUAGCACCGUUAGCAAUGCUAUUGCGAGCGUGGAUGGCGCGCCCAAGUAUCAAAUGUUGCGCCAGCAGGGAUUGCGUCCCUCGCGCCAUUUGCCCGACACCUUGAUCAUUGGCGUGAAGAAGAGUGGGACGCGAGCUUUGCUGGAGUUCAUACGCCUGCAUCCGGAUGUGCGUGCCGCCGGCUCCGAGGUGCACUUCUUCGACAGACACUAUCAGCGUGGCCUGCGCUGGUAUCGCCACCACAUGCCCUACACCAUCGAGGGCCAAAUCACAAUGGAGAAGACGCCCAGCUACUUUGUCACCAAGGAGGUGCCACAGCGCGUUUAUCAUAUGAACACGGCCACCAAACUCCUAAUUGUAGUCCGAGAUCCGGUUACUCGUGCCAUUUCGGACUAUACGCAGGCGGCGAGCAAGAAGGCGGACAUGAAGCGAUUCGAGCAGCUGGCCUUUGUCAAUGGCAGCUACUCGGUGGUGGACACCAAUUGGGGUCCGGUCAAGAUUGGCGUCUAUGCGCGCUACUUGGAGCACUGGCUGCUGUACUUUCCGCUGUCGCAGCUGCUCUUCAUUAGUGGCGAGCGCUUGAUCAUGGAUCCGGCUUAUGAGAUUGGACGUGUUCAGGACUUUUUGGGUCUGAAGCGAGUGGUGACCGAGAAGCAUUUCUAUUUCAAUGCCACCAAAGGAUUUCCCUGUCUAUUCAAAUCGGAAGCACGCUCCACGCCCCAUUGCCUGGGCAAGACCAAGGGUAGGAAUCAUCCGCAUAUCGAUGCCAAUGCCAUUGAACGGCUCCGGGAAUUUUAUCGGCCGUUCAAUAAUAAGUUUUAUCAAUUGACGGGCAUUAAUUUUGCCUGGCCCUAAAAAGGCAAGCAG